CCCGCGCGCUCUACGCCGUAGCAACGCUACGAGGCACGUGUUUAUAAAACUUUAAUUAGUGCUACACAACCUGCAUGGAUACUUGCCAAAGAGGUUCACCACAGUAGAGGUUUUACGUUUGUGCAAAAUUGGAAAUACCAUUGUUGAAAUGAGGAUCAUCAUCGUCCACCUCUGAAGAUGCCUGAGCGCCGACACGAUGCGCGACCGUCGCCUCUCCCCCUCCACCCCUAGGAGCAGAGCCAUGGACAAGUAUGAGCAGUUGGCUGUUGUAGGCGAGGGCUCGUACGGCGUGGUGCUGAAGUGCCGGCGCCGCGACACGGGCCAGCUGGUGGCCAUCAAGAAGUUCCUCGAGACAGAAGAUGACGCGGCCGUCAAGAAGAUGGCGCUGCGAGAGAUUAGGAUGCUUAAGAAACUCAGGCACGACCACCUGGUGAACAUGAUAGAGGUGUUCCGUCGGAAGCGGCGGUUCUACCUGGUGUUCGAGUACCUUGACCACACACUGCUGGACGAGCUGGAGUCGUCUCCAGGCGGGCUGGGGGAAGACACCGCCAAGAAACACCUUUACCAGCUGCUCAAAGGCAUCGAGUAUUGUCAUCAGAAUUCGAUAAUACAUCGAGACGUUAAACCAGAGAACGUGCUCGUCUCCAACAACGGGAUCGUGAAGCUGUGCGACCUUGGGUUCGCGAGAGCUCUGGCCGCCCCUGGAGAGCCGUACACGGAGUACGUGGCGACAAGGUGGUACAGAGCUCCGGAGUUACUGGUCGCUGAGCACAGGUACGGUCCGGAGGUCGACAUCUGGGCGAUAGGAUGCCUGUUCGCGGAGAUGCUCACUGGUGACCCGCUGUUCCCCGGUGACUCCGAUAUCGACCAGCUGGCGCUUAUUAUCAAGAUCGUUGGUAAACUAGCGCCCCGCCACCAGCACGUGGUGUCGCGGCUGUCUGGCGGCGCGGCGCUGGCGGCGGGCGGUGCGACUGCGCGAGGCGCUCUACCGGGCGCGGCGCACGCGCGGGAGCUGCUCGCCGCGUGUCUGCGCACCGAGCCGCGCGCGCGACCCUCCGCCUCCGCUCUACUGCGGCACAAAUACUUCAUCUUGGAUGGAUUUACUGAAAACUUUAUCGCUGAACUCCGGAAAAAAUUGGGAAAAGAUAUACAAACACCUCCGCCUCAACACGGAGCGGCGAGAGUCGCCGGCAAACCGCGUCAGCAAUGGACGUUGAAUAUUGUAUCGGAUUACAACCGAUCUCGCACUAGUAGCACGGCGGGAGAAUCGUUAAUUGAUUAUAACUACAAUCCUGGUGCUGAAAUUCAAAUGGAAACUACAUCUAUGGAAAGGAGAUCCCAGCAACAAAUGACAACGCAACAUGCUGACGAGACCUACAUAAUAGGCAAUUCAAACAUGACAGCCCCGAGCAGCUCGACGACAUGCGCUAGUGUCGCGCCGAUGGGUGCGGACGCAACGCUGACGGGUGCGAGCGCAUCGAUGACGGGUGCAGUCGCGCCGGUGACGGGUGCGAACGCGACGGUGACGGGUGCUCGGCCAGCGUUGCCUCGCUCCCUGGCGCGCGCUAUCGAGCAAACGUUCAACACUUUCCCCGUGCCCGGCAAUACUUAUCCAAGGACGCCGUAUAUUAAAAAGGUGAACAGUAAGUUGGUGUUGGAAGACGAGCUGGUGCGCGGUCGCGUCGCCACCAAGAAGGCGACCAAGAAGACGCCACCAGACUUCUCGCUACCAUACGUGCCCGGAGCGAGCAAUAGUCCAAUGAAGAAAGCGAAAAAACCGGUGGCCUCAAACUUGGGGACCAAAUCAUAUGACUACUGGGACAGUAAUAUAACUCCCAACUCUCGGACGCCUACAAACCUACCCUACAUGUGACUGUAUGGCCAUGGCUUGUGGAGGAGCCAUCAUUGAAAAUUUUCGUCGAUAUUUUCAAAAUAAUCAAUACAAAAACUCCACUUUUUAGAUUGAACAACGUUACCUUACCCUAUAUAGAUGUACAAAGUAAACAAUUUUGCAUCUAGAAUAAAAGCUGAUGCAACUUUGCGGAAGUUUGUAAAUACGAUACAAUGAAUAAUUUUAUUUUGCCAUUUUUCUUGAAAACAUACAAAAUCCAUGCGUUAACUAACUCCACAAAUAUCCAAAAAAUACUCUGCAAGCACGAAUUACUAAUACAAUAUAGACUAUCCUCGGGCGCUAACUCGAAAAAAUGCAAUUGCAAAGUUGCCACAAAUUUUCGCGGAAAAUUGCAAAGUAUAUUAGAUUUUAUAUCACGACGUGUUAUGUAUGACAAACAAUAAUCUUACUUGACUUGACAAACUUGAUAUCGGUAUUAUUGCUUUAAAUAGAAAAAAAAAAAUGUAUAAAUUGUAAUAAUACACUGGUAAGAAUAUUUAUGUUAAUUCAAUAUUAUUUGGAUUCCAGCGGCAUUACGUCAUAAUCUGCGUGUAUAUCGUUUUUUUUUUUUAAUAUUUUGUUUUCUUUUUGCAUUUUUCUCGAUUUCAUUUAAUUCAGUGGUCAAUUUUAUUAAACAAAAAAUAUUUUUUUUGGACGUUGCGUUGUUGAAAAACUACUAAGUUGACAAGUUGAGAAUAUAAUUUGUCAUAUAUAAGUAAACUUAAGAGUUUAAUAAUGAGAGAUUGAUACUGACAUUUUGAUGGUGUAUUAGGAUAAUAUAGUAAUUUAAAGUUAAAUUUUUUUUUUUUUUAAAUAUUAAUUUUGUUAGCUGCGUCCAUUCGUAGCGGGAAUUCCCUGAACUGCUAACCUGAGAACUAGACUCAGGAAUUCGGUUUGGCUAAUGCUAGCCACAAACGGUCAACUAUUCUCACGUUUCUCUAGCACCCACGACUAUAAUUGAUCGUGUGUUGGUCACUGCGUACAUGACUUGUAUAGUAUGCCGCGUGGGUACUGCCGUUUGUUUCAGAAACGUGAGAAUAAUUGACCGUCAAUGAUGACCAUUAUGUAGCGAGUUGACACCACGAACGCCUUUGAGUGCGUGUAUGUCAUCAGCAACUUAUCACGUCAUAAUUAUACAGGAGGAGGCGUGUGGUAUAGAAAUCCAUUUACCAAAAAAACGUUGCUUGGCAACCUCUUACAGACAGAUAAUACAUAGCCGGCUCGACCUUAAGGCGAACAGGGCAGUCGCUCCAGGCACCAAAUCCCAGAGGGCGCUCAAAUGGUAAAGAACGCUGGUCACUCCAGAUUAUGGUCGAGAUCUUCACAUUCCAUACUUUGCACUCACAAUUGGUAUUAUUAGGAGCAAAACAGGAGAGGCGCCAUAAUUGGAUCUCGCUCCGUUCUAAAAUGUACUUCGGGUCGGCGCUGAGAUAAUAUUUUACAAAUAUGUUUCUGCUUUGCUAACGCUACUGCAUUUCUUCUACAAUGACGAAUUGUAUUCUGAAGGUAAAAUAUGUUUGACAAACAGUGAAAACGGUUCUUGCAUUCUUACGGCAUGCAAUGCACUUAUUACGAACCUGGAAGUGUAGGUAUUAGAGAACGUUUCUAUGUUGUACAAUUGGGGCAUACCCUACUUAAAACCUAGUGCACGCCUCAGACGGCAUGCGUAAACGAGCUCUAUCUACCAAUACAAAUUAAACUAUCGUAGAAAAUCCUUGAAAUUAGUGAUUUAUUUAUUAUUUAUUAGCAAAAAUUUGUCAUUAGUUUAAAAUAAUUUAUGAUAUUUGUAUGUAAAUUUACCUAUAUGAAGGUAUCUCGAAUAUCUUUAAUUUUACUUACAGAAAAAAAUUCAAAUAAUUUAUUGCAAUUAAUAUAGAUGUUAUGUUUUAGAUCAUGUGUAGAAUUAUAAAAAUAAAUAUUAUCUAUAUAUAUUUAAAAUAACGAAUUUAGAAGAAUUUUUGUAGUAGACAUUUCUAUGAUAAAUAUAGUGGUUAUAUGUAAAUAUGUACAUUGUAAAACUGCAGUUGAUACACGCUAUAUUAAAAAUUUCUACAUUACAAUUUUUUUUUAAUUUAUCACCCUAAGGUUUGGUAUACCUUUUAUCAGUAUCAACCCAUAUCAAAGGUAUCAACCUAUUAUAUGGCUGAACCCAUUAUUGGGUUGGCUCCGGUAGAAGCCCAACGUUAUAAAAAUACAGGCUUUGAUGGGGUUCAAAUCUUCUCUCAGAAUGACAGGAGUUAGGCUAAUAGUCCACCACGCUGGCCCAAUACGGAUUGGCAGACUUCACACACGCAGAUAAUUAAGAAAAUUCUCUAGUAUGCAGGUUUCCUCACAAUGUUUCACUCGGCUACCAUGGCUAGAAUUACGUUUAUGCAUUUGUAGACCCAUCAGAUAAGAGCCGUGAUAGCCCAGUGGAUAUGACCUCUGCCUCCGAUUCCGGAGGGUGUGGAUUUGAAUCGGGUUCGGGGCAUGCACCUCCAACUUUUCAGUUAUGUGCAUUUAUAGAAAUUAAAUAUCACGUGUCUCAAACGGUAAAGGAAAAAUAACGCAAGAAAACCUGCAUACCAGAGAAUUUUCUUAAUAUUUGUGUCUAUUUGUUUCUGUCCUUUGCCACAGAAAACAUAUGUGAUAUAUGAAAACAAGUACCUUUGCUACAUUUUAUCGAGUGAGUUUUAAGAGGAGUGCACAUCAGACUAUCAGUUUUUUUUUGUAUUUUGAAUUAAUAUAAUUGUGGCCUUUUCCGCCUCCCCCUUUCGAAUGUCUUGCGGGACAAUUGCCCCCCAAAACCUUCCCCACUUUAUUGCCGUGUUUUACGUAAAUAACCCUUAGCCAACGAUAAUAAAAUAAUCAUUGCCCUUAGCAGGUUUUUUUUUUUAUAUUAUAACUAGCUGCGAUAAAGUAGCCUACAUAUUUAUCCAGGCUAUAAUCUAUCUCAAUUCCAAAUUUCAGCCAAUUCAGUUCAGUAGUCACGACGUGAAAGAGUAACAAAAUUUACACCAUAUGUUCGCAAAUCUCGCAAAUACUUUUCGGGAUAAAAGUAGCAUUCUAGUUAAUCUAGUAUAUAAUCUAUCUACGUUUUAAAUUUCAACCAAAUCGAUUCAGUAGUUGCGGCGUUAUUGAGUAACAAACAUUCAAACAUACAUACACACUUCCGCG